AUGACUACAGGCGCGGGCCCUCCGGGCCUCGCGCAGCGUUCCGUUCCCAUGGCAACCACUUUGUGCCCUGAGCCGGAACACGGCGAUCCGCGGUGGCCAGGACGCAGACGCCGCCUGAGGAAGUCGAGCAGCCCCGCCGAGGGGCCGGGAAGGCUAGUUCCAGGGAGUGGCUCCUGUGCCCUCCGCCAGAACAUCCAAGCAAACAAGGGGCAGAUUCGCUGUGUGACCCUUUCGCAGAUUAUUUUUGGAGAAAAACAUUGUAAGUGUGCACAGGCUUUGACCAGCCUGGCUUAUGGCUACCUGACACUAAGAGGCCUCCCAGCUCAGGCCAAGAAACAUGCUGAGUCUGCCAAGAACACACUGCUAACCUGGAAGGAAAACAUGACCUCAGACAAGGAAAAAAAAAAGAUCCUGGAAGCUCUGGUUAUGCUCUACUACACUCUAGGGGUGGCCUGGCUCCUGCAGAACCAUGGCAGAGAGGCUUAUUUCAACCUGCAAGAGCCAGAGAGAAACAUGAAAGAAUGGAAAGAACUGUAUAAGGGAGAUGUUCAUAGGUUACAAGUCUCCCAGAAAGACCUAGCGAUUGCUUUGGCCAGAGCCUCCUUGGCCAUCCGCAGGUUGAACCUGGUGGCUCUGGCAUACUUUGAAAAGGCAAUUGGUAGUGUUGUGGCCACUAAGGGUGAUAGGUCAUCAGAUCUGGUCAGUCUGUAUGAGGAAAUUGCUCAAAUUGAACAGCUGAGGAGGAACCAUGACCAGGCCAUCCAGCACUUGAAGCAGUUCCAUUGUAUCUGUGUUUCUAUGUUCACUGAAGUCAGCCCCCAAACUGCAGAGGCUAGUGCGCUAGUAGCCAAGGCUUAUGCCAUGUCUGGAAAGACCCAACACAGGGGUAGGUAGAAGAGAUGCCCUUGAAGUUAUCAUCAUUUCCCAGUCAUAGGAGGGAAGCACAUUGGCAAAUGGUCUAUCUAUCAGUAUGCAUAAAUUAUAAUUAGCUGUUUUUGCCUGUGGGAAGAUUAGACUGGGUGCCCAUUUUGUACAAAAUCAUUUACCCAUGAAUUUAGGCACAAUAAUAUCUCCCUAAAUUAGUUGGAACAUCAAAACUAAUAAGACUGUCUGAUUUCUAU